ACAGACUCACACACACACACAGACACUCACAGACACACACAUACACUCACACAGACACUCACACACGACACGCACACACACACAGACACGCUCACACGUCGCCCGCGCGAUGGGCAAGGCGGACUCGCUCCGCGUGCUGCUGCACGGCGGCCGCCUCGUCUACUACCCGGGAGACGUCGUCUCGGGCGACGUCUCCUUCAGCCUCAGUGGAGCUGCCUCCUCCUGGCUCAGAGCCGUGCACGCCAAGUGCGUGGGCCGCUGCCAGGUGAGCCAGAAGGGGGGCACCUCCGAGCCCGAGGCCACGGAGCAGUACGUGCGACUCGCCCUGCUGCUCUGGAAAAAAGACUCGUCAGGAGCACUGGGCUCUGGCAACCACUCCUUCACCUUCCACUUCCCCCUGCCCACGUCGGUGCCGACGUCGUUCGAGGGCCGCUUUGGCCGCGUGGAGUACUCGGUGCAGGCCGUGCUGGAGGCGGCGUGGUACCGGGCCGACCAGAGCGCCCGCGUCACGCUCUACGUGCUCAACCCCCUCGACCUCAACCUGCUGCCCGAGUGCCGCUCCCCGUCUGUGGUGGAGGUGCAGAAGAAGGUGAACUACUCGCUCUUCAAGAGCGCCACCGUGGCGCUGGCCGUGAGCUCCGACCUCCGGGGCUACGUGCCGGGCCAGGUCAUCCACCUCACCUGCGUCAUCAACAACGGCACCGGCAAAAGCGUCUCCGGCAUCACCGCUACCCUCGUGCAGAAGGUGACGUUCCGCGGGCGCUGCGUGAUGUACGACAUGCGCACGCUGGCUCAGUUGGAGGGCGGCUCGGUGGGGGCGCGCCAGCAGGCGCAGUGGCUGGAGAGGAUCGCUUUGCCGCCCCUGCCGCAGUCGCAGCUCCUCCUGUGCCACCUCAUCGACGUCGACUACUUCGUCCAGGUGGCGAUCCGCAGCAUCGGCGUGGCGGCCACGCUGCCCAUCGUGGUGGGGAACGUGCCGGUGCUGCGCUGCCUGGGGCCCGCGACGGCGCUCACCCCCACCGCGCCGCCCCUGCCCGCGGCGCUCGGCUAUGGCGGCGGUGGCGGCGGCGGCGGCGGAGACGGGCGGCCGUACGAGGCCUCUGCGACCCCUCUGCCCACCAAGCUUCACUCGCCGCUGCAGGACGGCCGCUGCUUCCCCACGCCCACGCACGGCGACUUCGGCGACGCCGGCGGCGCCAGCGGCGGUGCCGCCGCCGCCGCCGGCGCCCCCCUGGCUCCGGGCCCCCCAGCGGCGCCGUUCGGCGUCGGCGCUCCCCAGCUGUGCCUGGCGCCGGGGGAGACGGUGCCGUUCUUCGGCGGCGCCGGCGGUGGCGCCGCCGCCUCCUCCUCGUCCCAUCAUCCUCUGCUGCUUCCUCCCGAGUUCAGUGCCGCCCUCUUUCCGUACGACCCACCGCCCUCCUAUGAAGAGAGCUGCCAGGCGGCAAGCGACGACGCUGCACAGAUGGGCGCGGCCGUCCUUGACCCUUGCCAAAGUGGCAGCGGCACGGAGGGGCCGUGGGCCCCCUGCGGGGAGUGAGGGGGGCCCCCCCCACCGCCCCCCCCCACCGCUACUGCCACUGGGGGUGGGGGGGGGGGUCCCCUAGGCGGAAAGACGCUGACUGAGUGCACGGGGGGUGGGGGUGGUGCAAGGCGCUGCGGCUCGCAAGCGAGCGCCACUGAGCACGCACCACACCACCACCACACCACAACACCACCACCACACCACCACCACCACACCACCACCACACCACCACCACCACACCAC